AUGACCGUCGCCGAAUUCUAUGACUCGGUUGCUGCUUCGUAUGAAGCUGCCUUCGCUCACAAUGCUGGGCUCCUGAAGCUCGUCAACAAGGCAAUGAAUUACUUGCCUGCCCAGGCCCAUGUCCUGGACAUCGGAUGCGGCACUGGGAGACCAGUAGCCUCCAUCUUAGCGGACGCUGGCCAUCAGGUAGUCGGAAUUGAUAUCGCAAAGACCAUGGUGGAGCUAAGCCAAAAGAAUGUGCCUAGAGGCCGAUUCGAAGUCGCCGACAUGCGGAAUUACGACGGCCCUGCAGGGACGGAGCAUCUGGAUGCUGUUUUUAACAUCUUCUCGCUCUUCCGCUUUAAUCGAGAGGAGAUUGAAUCUUUUAUUAAGAGAUGGGGAAGCUGGAUAAAUAUUAAUGGUCUGCUGUGUAUCGGUACAAUGGCUGUCGACGAUUGUCCUCCGGACAGACUACUUAACGGGGCCGACACUGACAGUCUUGGCACCAGAGAGGUGCGAAACUACUUUAUGGGACAGCAGAGGGUGCAUACUCUCUUUACAAGAGCCGGAUGGGUGCUCCUAUUGCAGCAGAAUGGCUUCGAAGUUGUCGAUCAAUGGAUGGAACUAUUUGUGCCCCCGGAAUGUGCUCAAACGGACGACGCGCCAUUCUAUUAUAUUAUCGCGAAGAAGGUCAAAUAA